AUGGUGCGAAAAUAUAAAUCCAAAAAAAUUAAUAUAGGAGAAUCAUUUAAUAUUGAUAAUUAUUUAGAAGCUAUUAGGGUAUAUGAAAAUUGUAAAUCAACAAGGAAGACUAGCCAACUUACAGGUAUUCCUAGAUCAAACUUUAUGAGAUAUUAUAAGAGAUAUCAAGAAAGUGGCAUACUUACUAGUGUAGGACAAAAUAAUAAAAAGAGGAUAUUCACAGAAGAAGAAGAGGGAGAUAUAACUAAAUAUCUGAUUCAAUCUAGCCAAAUUUUUUAUGGCCUUUCAAUUAAAAAGAUAAAAAUAUUAGCCUACCAAAUGGCAGUAAAUAUGAAGAAAAAAUUUCCUAAAUCUUGGAAGGACAAUUCAAUGGCUGGCCAUGACUGGUAUUUAGGAUUUAUGUCAAGAAAUCCUACUCUCUCCUUAAGAUCCCCUGAAGCUACAAGUAUGGCUAGGGCAACUGGAUUUAAUGAAGAAAAUGUUCUAUACUUUUUUGAUUUAUAUAAAAGAAUAUUAGAUGAACAUAAAUUAGAAUGUAUGGCAAUUUACAACAUGGAUGAAACUGGACUUACCACAGUUCAAACCCCAUCCAAGAUUAUUGCACAAAAGGGUCAAAAACAGGUAGGAUCUAUUACUUCCGCAGAAAGGGGUACCUUAAUAACAUUAGCGCUUGCUGUAAAUGCAAUUGGUCAUACAAUUCCUCCAAUGUUUCUUUUUCCCAGAAAAAAAUAUUAUGACUAUUUUGUUAGAGAUGGUCCAUCUGGCUCUAUAGGGGUAUCAAAUGGUUCUGGAUAGAUGCAAGAGGAGGAUUUUAUUAUUUUUUUGAAGCAUUUUUCUAAACACACUCGGUGUACUCCAAAGUCCAAAGUUUUAUUAAUCCUUGACAAUCAUAUAUCACACCACU